AUGGAAGCUCAAACUACCAUUCUCUAUCUCUUACUCUUCCUAUCUCUAAACUUCGUGUUUCAAACUCUAAAACAACGGCUGAGUCCGGCAAAUACGCGGCGACUAACCCGUUUCCUCCACCUCCCGUUCAAGCAUCCCGCCGCAGCCGCCGUUUUCGCCAGACAAGAUGUCCAUGAGUUUCUCGAUACAUCAACCCAAGUAGAGAACAACGAAGACGAUUCCGAGUUCGACUUCAAACCUUACAUGAAAACCAAAGCAGAGUCAAUAAACAGAGCGCUAGACAAAGCCAUCCCACUCGUCGAGCCUCUCAACAUCCACAAGGCAAUGCGCUACGCGAUCCUCGCCGGCGGCAAACGCGUCAGACCAAUACUCUGCCUCGCGGCCUGCGAGCUAGUCGGAGGGGAAGAGCGUUCGGCGGUUCCGGCGGCUUGCGCGGUCGAGAUGAUUCACACGAUGUCACUCAUCAAAGACGAUCUUCCUUGCAUGGACAACGACGACCUCCGGCGAGGUAAGCCCACGACGCACAAAGUCUUCGGAGAAAGCGUCGCGAUUCUCUCCGGCGGCGCGCUCCUAGCUCUGGCCUUCGAGCAUUUGACGGAAGCUGACGUGUCGCCUGAGAGAAUGGUUAGAGCGGUUAAAGAACUGGCGAAGUCUAUAGGGACGAAAGGGCUCGUGGCGGGACAAGCGAUGGAUUUGAGCAGCGAAGGUUUGGAUCAAAACGACGUCGGGUUGAAGGAGCUUGAGUUUAUUCACGUUCAUAAAACCGGUUCGCUGCUUGAGGCUUCGGCGGUUAUCGGAGCGGUUAUUGGAGGUGGUUCGGAGGAAGAGGUUGAGAAGGUGAGGAGGUUCGCGAGGUGUAUUGGGUUGUUGUUUCAGGUGGUUGAUGAUAUUUUGGAUGGGACUAAGUCGUCGGAGGAGCUGGGGAAGACCGCCGGGAAAGAUCAGGUGGCCGGAAAGCUGACGUAUCCGAAAGUGUUGGGACUUGAGGAAAGUAAAGAGUUUGUUAAGAGGCUGAAGAAAGAGGCGAGGGAACAUCUUAAAGGGUUUGAUUCAGACAAAGCCAAACCCUUGGUAGCUCUUGCUGACUUCAUUGCCAACAGAAAUAACUGA